GAAAUUUUUAGACACAGUUGUGUGAAGAUUAAAUUUGUAAUGUAAUGUAAAUUAAGGAAAAAGGCCGUUAAUUUAUUUUCAACGUUUGGUCAAACUGUGUCAGUAAACACAGGAAGCUACUUCCACAGUGAAGAAGGUUUCUCUUUUGGCUAUUGAUGGAAGGAGGAGGUAGAGUCGGGGUUUGGUUGAGACUAGUUCGUAAAUUAUAGAGUUACUGAAGAAUGCUUCUUAAAUUUUUAGCAUUAAAAUCGUUAGGUUCUGUUCAAAAUCAAGCUUUGCGCUUGAUUAAUAUAAAAGCAGAGCCCUGUUCGUUUGUAGACCAACAGAAAAUCAAAAGUUCCCUGGUCUGGGGAACAUAUUUGCCCGUACAGCAUUGUAGAACUAUAUACAUGAGUUCGUUCCUCUCAAAAGUGGAAGACCGUCGUGAAAUGUUGGCUUCAAUGCCAGCAAAAGAUGAAGGUACAGAGGGAGAGAAAACUGUUGACAUCGACACACUCAUAAAAAGAGCUGGAGACGGACUGUUCCCAGAUGAGACUACAUCAAAACAGUUAUUUAAUGGUACCCCCUUUGAGGAACUACCUAUAUUUAACAUAAAAGUCUCCCCAAAUAAUACAAUAAUAAGUGUAACUGAUCAUAAAGGUGUGGUUAAGCUGAUGCGGUCUUGUGGAGUUGAAGGCUUCAAGAAUACACGCAAAGGGACUAAUGUAGCUGCUCAGGCCACAGCUAUCAGUUUAAGCAUGAAAGCUUUGGAAUAUGGAUAUAAGACAGUUCGUGUUAGAGUUCGAGGGCUGGGUCCUGGUAGAAUGGCAGCAAUCAAAGGACUGCAAAUGGGUGGAAUGGAUAUCGUCUCCAUAACAGACAGCACCCCAGUCUCAUGGAAUCCACCUCGACCACGGAAGCAAAAGAAACUGUGAUUGCAUGUUUGUGUCAUAGUAAAAGACUCCAGAAAAUGUUUGUGUUGUGAUUUACUUUCAUGGUUUAUCUAUGCUAUUUUUUUGACGGUGAUAAAGGAAAUUAAAUGUGUAAAAGCAGAGAAUACUUUGUAAUAACAGAAUAGUGCCUCAUGACA